AUGGAGUUUGGUCCAUCCAGGGAUGAUCCCUCUGGUCCCCAUGCUCGCCAGGAGCUCAAGCCAAAGAUCCUGCCCAACAUCCUCCACAACAUCGGCAACACGCCUCUUGUGCGCAUCAACAAGAUCGCUGAGGAGGAAGGCCUCGAGUGCGAGCUUCUGGCCAAGUGCGAGUUCUUCAACUCUGGCGGCUCUGUGAAGGAUCGCAUUGCUCGCCGCAUGGUCGAGGAUGCGGAGCGCGAUGGCCGCCUCAAGCCAGGCAGCGUCAUCAUUGAGCCAACAUCCGGCAACACCGGUAUGCCAGCCUGGCUUUGUGGCAAUAUGAGCCAGGAGAAGGUCGACGUGCUGCGUGCCCUCGGUGCCGAGAUCAUCCGCACCCCAACAGAGGCCGCCUUUGACUCCCCUGAGUCGCACAUUGGCGUUGCGAACCGGCUGAACAAGGAGAUUCCCAACUCGAUCAUCCUUGACCAGUACUCCAACCCGGGCAACCCGCUCGCCCACUACGACGGCACUGCAGAGGAGAUCCUCGAGGCGUGCGACGGCAAGAUUGACAUGCUUGUUGCUGGCGCUGGCACGGGCGGUACGAUUUCGGGCAUUGCGCGCAAGUUGAAGGAGAAGGUGCCUGGCAUCCAGAUUGUUGGCGUCGACCCCGAGGGCUCCAUCCUCGCCCAGCCAGAGGAGCUCAACAAGACAGACGUCACCGGCUACCAGGUUGAGGGCAUUGGGUACGACUUUAUCCCGCGCGUGCUUGACCGGAAUGUGAUUGACAAGUGGGUGAAGACGCGUGACCGGGAGGCGUUCCGCAUGUCGCGCCGGCUGAUCCGCAGCGAGGGUCUGCUGUGCGGCGGGUCCUCUGGCACCGCCAUGUGGGCCGCCGUCGAGGCUGCGCGCUCCCUCAAGAAGGGCCAGCGCUGCGUCGUGAUGCUCCCAGACUCGGUGCGCAACUACAUGACCAAGUUCCUCUCGGACGAGUGGAUGUACCAGCACCAGUUUAUUGAGCAGCCGCCCGACGAGCAGGUCCCAACAGAGGAGGACUGGUGGACGUCGCUCUCUGUGACGGCGCUGCCGCAGAAGUUUCCGAUGACGCUGCUGCCGACGGUGACGUGCGGCGAGACCAUUGAGAUCCUCCACCGCGAGGGCUUUGACCAGAUGCCCGUCGUCAGCGAGACAGGGCAAGUGCUUGGGAUGAUGACGGAGGGCAACCUCAUGUCGAUGCUUGUGAAGAAGCGCGUGACAAAGGACGACCCUGUGUCCAAGGUGCUGUACAAGUCGUUCAAGCAGGUGCCCACCACCGCCACCCUCGGCCGCGUCUCCCGCCUCCUCGACAAGGAGCCGUUUGUGCUGGUGAUGGCGGCAGACGAGGCAGAUGCCAGCAAGGAGAAGAUUCACUCGAUUGUGACGCGCAUUGACCUGCUCAACUUCAUCAUGAAGAGCGAUGCCUCUACGCGCGCCGCCAAGCAGUGAUGGUCUGAUGUGAUGUGAUGUGGUUUGAUGUCAUUCACUCGAGACAUCAAUCAUCAUCCGAGUACAACGACUAGCGCCAGCUUAAUCAUUCCUUGUUUUGCCGUGUUUCGGACGUGCUGUUUGUAGUUUCUUCAUGCGCACGUGUGCCUACGCGCAUGUUCACGGCGCUCUCCGCCCACCACCACCACCACACGUUUCCCCAUUCUAACCAACCCGCUUUCAUCAAAUCAAGCACAUAUCCUGUGACCACAUUGCCUGCCUCACCUACGUUUGGUGUCUUCUCUUCUCGCUCCCCCACUCUCCACCUUCUUGCUGGUUGGGCUGUGUCCUCCACUGUCCUGUGCACGUGCUUUGGUUGUUGUAUCUGAUUGAUGACAUAUCCGCCUCGCAUGUGCUGGUUGCGUUUGUGACGGUGCCUCCUGUCCCAUCCCCCCCCCCAUUCUCUCUCUCUCCCAUGCUUAUCAUGGCGGCACCGAGUAGCUGACGAUGGUGUAGGUUGGGUCUAUUAUCGCGCCACGUCGCAAUAGAAGCACACACUUCAGUACCAUGCCACCACACUCGUCUUCUUCUUCCAUCUCCUCACUCUCUCACCAAUCCAACAGUCUACAACAAACGAGUAAACACAGCCAUAUCAUGUA